AUGGAGGCAUCUUUGGGCUGUCUUUGCAGGUUUGUGAAGGAGGGCUACCGACGCCCCGUAGGACUCUGGCUGCUCGUAUACGGAGUGCUCGGAGGCAUCCAGGGCCUUGUGGGGUGGUGGAUGGUGCGUUCUGGUUUUAAAGAGCCUGAGACUGAGGUCAAGACCCCACGGGUUUCUCCCUACCGCCUGGCCUUCCACUUGGUAAUGGCAACGGGCCUUUACGCUUUGCUGCUGUGGCAGAGCUUGUCUUUGCUGCUGCCAUCUCCCGCAGCAGCAGCAGCAGCAGCACCUGCAGCAGCAGCAGCAGCAGCAGCAGCAGCAAGAAAGGACGUGCAUGCAUUUGCUGCUCUAGCUGCUACCACCUUCACCUCCGGGGCUUUUGUUGCUGGCAACGACGCCGGCAGGUGCUGCAACACCUGGCCGAAGAUGGGAGACCAGUAA